UCACGCGACAAUAGUUUUUAAAGUAAAAUAAAUUCGACAUCAUAGAAAACUAAAAAUUUAAGAGUUAAAAAUAUUAUCUAAUUAUUAAGUAAAUUAUAAUUUUUUAAAAAUAUAAUUAGAACCUCAUAACGUUUUAGUCUUUGGGUAAAUAUUUUUGGUGAAGUCAUAAUGAAAUUGACUGCUGCACUUUGGAAAAAACUACCUAAAGGUCACAUUUUUAAAGGAAAACAUCGCUUAGUGAAACCAGUAACUGGAUUAGAUAUAGCAGCAAAAUUAAGAGAUUUUGAACGUGAAGAACAAAAUAUGUUUUAUUUAAGACAUCCUUACUUAACUAAAGAAGAGUCUUAUUGUCAUUCAAAAGAACAAGGGCGUUUCGAAAAAUGGAUUAGAAAAUGGAAAUUGAUCCAGGCUGAUAAAUUUUCCCAACAUAAACCUAUGUCUGAUCAUUUAAUGCAUUUACGUUCAUCUGAUGGUUGGGAAAGUUACUAAAAACAUCAAUUUAAUUAUCAAAUAAACUAAAGUUUAGUCUAUUUUAUUAUAAA